GGUUCCGCCGACAAGAAUGGACUCAAUGCGAUGCCCUUCCGAGGCCAAAUCCACACCAGUCCUCUGCUGUCCCGCCCAAUGGGUCCAAUAGGUCACGCUCACCCCCCCAUCGUCCCUCCGAUGGGGGAUUCAGAUGGAUUCAAUGCUGUGCCACAGAAGGCUUCGAUGGGACCACCGCCCGUGUUGAGCUCCCUCUGGACAGGCGGCGCUUUUCCGGACAGCCGCGGAGACUACUACGACGACCCACACGAAGAGUACUCCGACUGCCGCUACGAGGGCGACUAUGAGGGCGACUACUCGAUGCCCACCGAGGAGCACCAAGAGGAGGAGUCGUGCUCCUGUCAGAGCCAGACCUGUCAGAGCCAGAGCGAGUUCAGCUCGAUAGAGCGCACCGAGUCGGACUCGGAGCGGGACGAGCUCUCCGACGGCCCUUCCCCCAGGGUCUCCCCGCUGGAGACCCUCGGCGCAGUCGUGCUCUCCACAAUGCAGCCGGAGCACCGUCAGCGCAUGGUGGCAUUGUACCACCUCGUAAAAUAAUUGUAAGGCAACAUAUAUUAACCCUAACCGAUCGAGAUAUUAUACUGCAAUUAGUUUUAUGCGAUAU